AAGCCCUUAUAACACACACUUAGUGACUCCACUUCUUCUUCAUCAACAAUUAAAACACACACAAAUUCACUUCCUUUUGAGUUUCUUUCUUUCUAAUUAAAGGUUGAGUUUGAAAUCAAUCCAUCAAACAGAAGAAACAUGGGUUACUGGAAAUCAACAGUCGUACCAAAGUUCAAGAAGAUCUUCGAGAAGAACAGCACCAAGAAAACAGCUGCUGCUGAAGCUUGCAAGUCCUUCGAUGAUGCCAAGGAAGAGUACACCAAAGAGUUUGAAGAGAAGAAGACUGAACUCCAUACUAAAGUUACUGAAAUCUAUGAAGCUUCUGCUACUGAAAUCAAGGCGUUGGUGAAAGAACCCAAAGAAGCAUCCCUGAAAAAGAACUCUGCUGUGGUCACCAGCUUCCUUGAAGAACUCUCGAAAAUCGAAUUCCCUGGCUCGAAACCAGCUCAUGAAGCAUGUAGCAAGUUCGGACCAACCUUGGUUCAGGGACCUAUUUUCUUUGUAUUCGAGAAGGUGUCAACGUUCAUAGUGGUAGAAGAGAAGGAAACAACAAGCAGUAAAGAAAAGGACGUGGUGGUGGAGGAAGAGAAGAAAGAAGAGGCGGCCGCCGCCGAGGGUGAGGUGGCAAAGACGGAGGCGGAGGAGGUGGUGGUAGCUCCGGCUGAGCCACCAAAGACAAGCUGAUAUGAUCCAAUCCAGCCAGCAUCAAUCUGUCAUGUGUGAAGAUGCCAACUAUUUGAUAAACUUUCAUUUUUCAAAAAAUCCCUUUUUGUAUUCAUUAUCUUUAAAUUCUACACUUGCGUAGUUGAUCUUGUAUUCAUAUAUGUGUUACAGCU